AUCUUCGUUUGGAAUCAUAUUUUUCAGGCAAAGCUUGGUUGGUUGGAAACUAUCGCAACGACUCUCUCGUGUGUUUUUCAUUUUCGUAUUACAUGUAUAACAGUUAUUUUGCUGGGUCAUUAAAUAUCUACCAAGAAUAUUUUCACAAUGGAUACAAUCUUUUACUGUGGUCAUUAAGUGGUCAUCAAGGAACUAAGUGGAAAAAAGGCCAAGUCACAGUUAAUUUUACAAUGGGUCUAUCUAGGUUAAUCGUUGAAGCUGUCGUGCGUAGAUACACAAGAAACUCUCCAGCUCUCGACAAUCUUGCUUUUGCUCCAGGAAGCUGUGACACAAUACCAAAGGUGGCCAUUCCUAACAAUGCUUUUGAUUGUUCAAUUGGUUCAUUCUUUUCCUUUAAAAGUAACAAAUGUGAAAAAUGUCCCAUCUAUACAUAUCAACCAUAUCCAAAACAAAUUCGUUGUCUUCCAUGUAAUGAUGGUAAAGGUACCAUCAAUGUUGGUGCAGUGAGUGAACGAGAAUGUAUAAAAGGUUCGAGUCUCGUCUCGGUAUGGUGUAGUUUGUUUCGUUGUGUGAAUAAUGAUCAUGAAUUCUUUAUCCGAAAAUUAAUUAAAUUUUUUCUGUCCUCACAACGAAAGCAUUAGAAAAAUAAACAUAUUGUCAGGGUUAGGGAUAGUAUUAUGAGAAAAUUGUGCAACAACGUGCAUUCA